AUGCCCGCCGUGAAGUCCGCAGCCAUUGCACUGCCGGCGGAGCCUCCCAUCGACCGGGAAAAGAUCUGCCCAUUCCUGGUCCGCGUCUUUCCCAAGCUUGGGGCACAUCACAUGCUAGAAGAUUACGCGAGGAGGGGUGAUGAGCCCAAGGACGAGAUUCAGUUGUACACAUGGACAGACGCCACCCUGAGGGAGCUUUGUGACCUGGUGAAGGAGGUCCACCAAACGGCGCGAAGACCUAGCGUGCGACUUUCUUUCUCGCUUGUCUAUCCAGACCGACGGGGCCGGAAUGUGCUCAGACAUGUGGGGGUGGUGCACUCGAGCAGACUCGGGGAGGACGAUGUGAAAACGCUGCGCUCCAUAAACUUCCAGAUCGGGGACUUCCUGGAUGUUGCCAUCUACUGA